UUUUUUCAAAAUGUACCACUAUAACUUAGGCUUGAACAUGAAGAGGGUGUCAAGCACGAAAAUUUUUCAAAGACCAGGAAGGACAAGAUUGACAGAAGAGUCUCCUCUGCAUAUAAAAUAGAGGUAUUGAUUCUCCUGGGAAAGAAAUCAUCUUAAGACUUCCGAGCACCAAUGACUUGCUUUUAAAAUAGCAACCAAGUAAUGUUAGAUAUGAACAGAAGCUUCUCUUUUGAGCAAAAUCCAAAUGAGUUUCCCAUUAGAAUUGGUAACAAAAUUGUGAAAAAGGAAAAAUAGCUUGAUCCCAUGAGUAAGGAUUAAGAAGAAAAUGUCAAGUACAAAGAAAUUUUGCCAUGGAAAUUCUCCAAUGAAGCCAUUGGCUAAUCUGAAAUAUAUUAACGAGAAAAUGCUCUCCCAAUUUUUAAGCUCUAAUUCAAGUAGCCAAUGUAGAAAUCCAAACCCUAUAAACAGUGGCGUUAAAGUUAACAAUUUUAUCAGCAACUUCGGGAAGGCUCAAGAAAAAGAGGUCAAACUCCCUUUACCUCAAGCGAGAUUGGUUAGAGGCAAUAAUCCUCAAAGUAUGUACAAGAAAUACUCGAGAGAGAAAUUGAACAGUGAAAAUCCCAAAUUUGAGAAUAAAAUAAAUUCCUUGGCUCAGAAGCAUUUUAGCGCAAAGUUUACACAAGAAAUGCUUAAAAAUUACACUAAAAAAUUGCAGAAGAACACUCUUUUCUUCUCAAACAACGCUCAGAAGAGGAUAUCUAACAGCAAAUCUGUUAAAAAUUGAGGAUACAAGAUCCAGGAUCCAAGAGAGAGGUUCAAAAGCAAGGUGCUUAAUUAUACGCCUACAAAAUCAUCAAAACCAAAGGCAAGAGUAAAGAAAAGCUUUAUCUUUACAAUGAAUAAAAGAUAA